GAGAAGGGAGACUACUGAUGUACCCGCACUACGGGAAGACAUGGGGGACCACCUGACCCUGCUACUGCUCUCCCUUCCCCUGCUGGUCAAUGGUAUCCGCUUCCAGGAAUAUUUAUACUUCCAAGUGCUGAGUCCGGGGGACAUCCGUUACAUAUUCACCGCCACCCCAGCCAAGGACUUCGGAGGAGUGUUUAGUCAGCGGUAUGACCAGAUCCACUUGGUCCCGGCGGAUCCUCCGGAGGCGUGCGGAGAACUCAAUAAUGGGGUGUUCAUCCAAGGCCAGAUCGCUCUGGUGGAGAGGGGCGGCUGCUCUUUCCAGUCCAAGACGCGGGUGAUCCAGGAAAAUGGCGGCAGAGCGGUUAUCAUCGCCGACAACGCAUCGGACAAUGACAGCGUCUAUGUAGAAAUGAUCCAGGACAACGCCGAGGGGGCAACGUAUAUCCCAGCGCUGUUCUUACUCGGCAGAGACGGGUACAUGAUUCAGCGCUCCUUAGAGCAGCACGGACUCCCGUGGGCCAUCAUCUCCAUCCCGGUCAAUGUUAGCAGCAUCCCGACCUUCGAGCUCAAGCAGCCCCCGUGGACCUUCUGGUAGACAGAACCUGUCGCUCUCGGCUCUCAUAGACAGUUCA